AGCACAAUUCUAGGAAUUGUGUGAAUCUCACUAGACUCUGACUUUUGGUGGCACUACAACAAGGAGCAAAAUGAAAUUGUUAAUCUUUGCCUUGGUCUGUAUCCAACUCUCUCAGUGUUUCCACAAAAUGCCUUUGUACAGAGGCAAGUCUGUCCGAGAUAUCCUGAAGGAGCGUGGGGAGCUGAAAAGGUUCUUAGAAACGCACAAAUAUGAUCCUGCCUCGAAAUACCAGCAUCUUUUCCCUGGAUAUCAGUCAGAGGAUGCAAAUGAGCCACUUGUGAAUUUCAUGGAUAACUUCUACUAUGGUUCUAUUACAAUUGGUAACCCACCCCAGAGUUUCACCGUUCUGUUCGACACUGGCUCCUCUAACCUUUGGAUCCCCUCUAUCUUCUGUGGGAGUCCAGCAUGUGAGAACCAUCCCAGAUAUAAUCCAAGACAAUCCUCAACAUUCACAACGAACAGACAAAGUUUCAGCAUUGCUUAUGGUUCUGGUAGUUUAACUGGAUUUUUUGGAUUUGAUACAGUUAAUGUUGCAGGCAUUUCUAUUCCCCAGCAGGAGUUUGGCCUCAGUCAGAAUGAACCUGGAACUACCUUCUAUUAUGCAAAAUUUGAUGGAAUCCUUGGUCUUUCCUACCCGGCGCUUUCAGCAGGGGGUGCCACCCCUGUGUUUGAUGGCAUGAUGCAGAACAAUCUGGUGUCAUCACCCGUGUUUUCUGUUUACCUGGGCAGACAACCAAACAGUCAAUAUGGCGGUGAAGUGACAUUUGGAGGGAUUGACAAUAGCUUGUAUACUGGUGAAAUUGUCUGGGUACCUGUCCUUCAGGAAUUGUAUUGGCUCAUCCCAAUGCAAGGUGUGCUUCUUAAUGGUCAGCCGAUCUUCUGUACCCAAGGCUGCCAAGCUAUGGUUGAUACUGGGACUUCCUUGCUCACUGCACCAAGUGAGGAAUUAGAACAACUGAUGCAAUACAUUGGUGCCUAUCAGAACCAGUAUGGGGAGUACACGGUUAACUGUAAUGCUGUUGCAAACCUGCCUUCGAUGACCUUUGUAAUAAAUGGAGUUGAUCUCACUAUUCCAGCCUCGGCCUACAUCCAACAGAGUUAUGGCCAAUGUCUUGUUGCAUUUGAGCCCACCUACCUGCCAGCUCCUACCCGAAAUGGACCUUUCUGGAUCUUGGGUGAUGUCUUCCUGAGAGAAUUUUAUUCUAUUUAUGACAGAGGGAACAAUAGAAUGGGAUUCGCUAAAGCUGCCUAAGCUGUGUACAAUCUGAUUUAUCCUGCAAGGAAAGUAAUAUCUUCUCCAAGUGACUCUCUGCCUGUGAUUAAUGAUCUUCCUGAAUAGACUGAUUAUGGUAUACUCUCCCAAGUGUUAUUGCUACAAGGUUUUGUUCUGUAAUUACUCAGACAGGACCUUACACAUCCUGAUUUUGCCCAGUGACUGCCACACCUAUUUUCUAAAAAUUUUGAUUUCUUGAUUGAGAAACUGUGUUUCUACC